AUGGCACCAAGGGGACCUCGGGAUGCCGCUGUCAGGUCAUCGGUUGUAUUCACAUGCUUGAUUGACGUGGGCUCCAGCUGGCUCCAGCUGGCUCCAGCUCCAGCACCAAGCUGCGCAGUGAAGUGCUCUGCCAUGACAAUGUUUAAGACCUGGCUCACCGGAAGGCUGACAAGACCAAAUCAAUCAGGCGAGUUGUGGAUGCUGUUGUCCUACACCACCAUCUUCCCCCACACAAUCGUCACAUCUGCUCGCGUCACGUCCAUCAAGAAAAGUGCUGUGUAUGUAGCGACGUUGGUAAGGAACGAGAUAUCAUCAGCCAAUGCCUCGUCUGCUCCAGCUACCUCGCCCGGCAAGGCACGGAUGCGCACACGCUCGGACUCCAGCUUCCUGACCAAUCAAGGAGCGGAUUAUGAGACAGUGCCGGGGGAGUGCCAAGGGGGGGAACGUCAAGCGUUCUUUGAAGUCACUGAGGGCAGAGAGCUCCGCCGCAAACACGCCCAUCGUUCCCCCCCUCCCCGAGCCCUCACCAUGCUGCGGCAACAAUUGAUCCGGUCGCUGAAGAGGCCUGCCUACCGCGCAGCCCUCAAUGGCAGCCGGGCCUUUACUGCCUCGGCGCCCCGGCCUGCAGAGGUCGAACUCACCAUAGAUGGACAAAAGGUCUCGAUUGAAGCCGGCGCUGCCCUCAUCCAGGCGUGCGAAAAGGCCGGAGUGACGAUUCCCCGUUACUGCUACCAUGAGAAGUUGAUGAUUGCUGGGAGUUGCCGUAUGUGUCUGGUCGAGGUCGAGCGCGCCCCCAAACCCGUGGCCUCGUGCGCCUGGCCCGUCCAGCCGGGCAUGGUCGUCAAGACCAAUUCGCCGCUCGUCCACAAGGCGCGGGAGGGUGUCAUGGAGUUCCUGCUUGCCAACCAUCCGCUCGACUGCCCCAUUUGCGAUCAGGGAGGCGAGUGUGAUCUGCAGGACCAGUCGAUGCGCUAUGGAGCCGAUCGCGGACGGUUCCACGAAAUCGGCGGCAAGCGUGCUGUCGAAGACAAGAACAUUGGGCCUUUAAUCAAGACAUCCAUGAACAGGUGUAUCCACUGCACACGAUGUGUGCGCUUCUCCAACGACAUCGCCGGCGCCCCGGAAAUGGGCUCCUUCGGCCGCGGUAACGAUCUCGAGAUCGGCACCUACCUCGAAACCGCCCUUGACUCUGAACUCUCCGGAAACGUCAUCGAUCUCUGCCCCGUGGGUGCUCUCACGUCGAAGCCUUAUGCCUUCAAGGCCCGGCCAUGGGAGCUGUACAAGACGGAGACCAUCGAUGUCCUUGAUGCUCUAGGUUCCAACAUUCGCGUCGACUCCCGAGGCCUCCAAGUCAUGAGGGUCCUACCCCGCCUCAACGACGACAUCAACGAAGAAUGGAUCAACGAUAAGACUCGCUUCGCUUGCGAUGCUCUCAGCACCCAACGCCUCGUCAAUCCCCUCAUUCGCGUCAACGAUCAGUUUCAGCCGGCUAGCUGGGAACAGGCUCUUGUAGAGAUUGGCAAUGCUUACAAGAAGCUGGCACCAAAGGGUAACGAGUUUAAGGUGAUUGCCGGUCACCUUGUGGAGACCGAGACUUUGGUCGCUAUGAAGGAUCUGGCAAACAAGCUUGGUUCGGAUAAUCUGGGUCUUGACCAGCCUGGCGGCAGCGAACCCAUCGCCCACGGUAUCGACAUCCGAUCAAACUACGCCUUCAACUCCAGAAUCUAUGGUGUAGAGGACGCUGAUGCCAUUUUGCUUGUCGGCACCAAUCCCCGCCACGAGGCUGCGGUGCUCAAUGCUCGUAUUCGAAAGCAAUGGCUGCGAUCAGAUCUAGAGAUUGGCCUUGUUGGCGAAGACUUUGAGAGCACAUUUGAGUACCAGAAGCUCGGAGGUAGCGCUACCGACCUCAAGAGCGCUCUGUCUGGCGAGUUUGGAAAGAAGCUGGCGUCGGCGAAGAAACCAAUGAUCAUUGUUGGCAGCGCCGUUACUGAGCACGCUGAUGCCAAGUCGUUUUACGAACAGAUUGGCGCCUUCGUCGAGAAGAACAAGGCCAACUUCCUCACUGAGGAAUGGAACGGCUUCAACAUCCUGCAGCGAGCAGCUUCCCGUACUGGUGCCUAUGAGGUUGGUUUUACUGUUCCGUCGCCCGAGGUCGCGCAGACGAAGCCCAAAUUCGUAUGGCUCCUCGGAGCUGACGAGAUCAACGAGGCAGAGCUGCCCAAGGAUGCUUUCGUCGUCUACCAGGGUCAUCAUGGCGACCGAGGCGCACAGCUCGCCGAUGUCGUGCUUCCCGGUGCGGCAUAUACCGAGAAGUCAGUCACUUAUGUCAACACUGAAGGUCGCGUACAAAUGACUCGUGCGGCUGUUGGACUCCCGGGUGCCUCAAGAGACGACUGGAAAAUUGUUCGUGCUGCGUCAGAGUACUUGGGUGCGGAGCUUCCGUACGAUGAUGUUGAGCAAUUGCGUGACCGCAUGGUCGAGAUUUCACCUGCUCUGCGGAGAUACGACCUUAUUGAGGACACAUCGGUAGCAAGCCUGAGUAAAGUGCAGCUUGUCGACCAGAAUAAGGGUACACAAGCGACCGGUGCGCCUCUUAAGAAGCCGAUUGAGGACUUCUACUUCACAGAUGUGAUUUCCAGAAACUCACCAACAAUGGCCCGUUGCUCGGCAGCAAAAGCACAAAAGAACCCCGAGACCAACUUCAUGGCUCCUGGAUACCCAGAACCUCAAGUUGGCUACGGACCGCAGAAGGCGAUUGCGGCGAAUGUAUGA